AUGGACGCCCUCAAGAACAUCGCCAACAAUGUCCCCGACUGGCUCAAUCGUCUCGACGAACUCGGGGAUCAAAUUGACCAACGCCAAGUUGAGCUCGCUGCCCUUGGUGCAGACAGCUCGUCGCGAUCAAUUAAGAACCGCGGCUCUACCGAAUCGCUCAAGCCAAAGGACGAACCCGCCAAUGCCAUCCCUCCAACAGACGACGAGCUGAAUGCUGAAAAGGCCGACGCUCAACGAGCCACUGGCGCCAAGACGCCACCCCAAGACGAACCGAAAAGCAACGAUCAACCCUCUAGCCCUAGCAGCGGCACGCCGUCUGCCCUCAAGAAACAGACCGAGCAAGCAAUGGCCCUCGCACAAGCUCGAGCCCGCGCCGUAGUGGAGAAGAGACCCCGACCGAAUUCCGUCCUCUCAGUCGAGGAAGGCGCGCCGAUCAAGUACCGAUCACGAAAGCUGGUCAUGGUUUACUACGACAGCUAUGUACAGCUCUUCUUUGAAGAGCUGGUCAAAUUUGUGUCAGCUAGCCGAAACCUGAUGCGGAAGGCGAAGAUGGCAGCAAAGGUGGCACAGAUUCGUCGCUUGGCGGAACAAGAACUACCCGAGGAUGACGAUGGCGAUAAGGCUGGCGACCUCCAGCCAGAUACCAAUACCAACGCCUCUGACGCGCUGCCGUCCUUGCGGUACAUGAGCACAAGGCGGAUGGGGCCCGGCGGCCGGAGGGGUCCUUCAUAUACGAGAGCCGGACAGGCCGGCGGUGGUGGCGCCAUGAUGGGCGAUGGGGGCCCGGAUGCCUACGACGAGCUGGACAAGUGUCUUGAAUACGUGCAAAAUCAGUGCGAGCACGCGGCACACCAGUUCUUGCGUGACGGAGAGUGUUCAGAAGAGGUUGGCAACAUUCAGCGUCGGUUAGCAGAGACCAAGGAGCUGGCCCUGAAGGAGAUGGAGCGAGUCCAGAAAGAAGAGCCCGAGCUGCUGAAGGCGGCCAGCGAGGCGAACAAGGUGCGGACUCUUCGACCAACGAGCAUGCGGCGGGAGCUCACGGCCGCCAAGGACAGCAACCCACCCAUCACACCCAGGAAGCUCGAGGUUGAUGCGAAGAUUGAGGCCGAGACCAAGACUCCAGUCGCCAAGACGAUCGAGGUGGACAUGUCAAAGCCUCUCGAGGCAGACGAUGGGCCGAUUGAAGCCGACAAUGACGAGGGUAUUGACGACAUGGAAAUUACCCUGCCGCCUCGGUUGAACUACCGAUCUACGAGGGCGAUGCGUGGCUAG